AUGGAGGGGAAAGGUCGCGGGAAACUGAUGCCUCACCCUCCCAGCAAAACCCCUGAGGACAAUCCUCCAUGUGAUGACCACAAACAAUCCUCCAGCGUUGCGAGACCUGAGUCCCAUCAGAGGUCACGUGACCUAUCGGCUGUGAAAUCCGUUGAUCUCAGCUCAUCAAACGUUUGGGGUCUGUACUGUUUACACGCAGCUAUCAAGACUCCAUCUAAGCAGUCUAAGGAUCAUCAUGACCCUGGAACCUCACAGAUUUCACCGACCUCUUACUUUCCUCUGGGUGGGGAUAGACCCAAAGUCCAAUUGCCUUACAAAACAACUCAUGGGCAGCUUCCGCGCAAAUUAGCGAUAGAGAGACGUCGACGGGAAUUCUUGAAGUUAGAUCUGGAACAGAUCCUGCUUGAAAAAGGCAUUAACUCUAGCAUGUUGAUACCACGAUAUAUGAAGAAUACUGAUGAGGAUGAGAGUGUUCCUUACAAUCCAAUGUCGCUAGACCUCCGACUGGAAUUAUUCGAUAAUGAGGAUUUUGACUGCAGAACACCAGAGGACUGGCUUGCCCUCGGCAAUUCUGAAGAAUCACCUGAUCGAAAGCCUGUUCCUGCAAGAGCCCUCCUGCUUAAUGAUGAUGAUGAUGAUGAGGGUCCUGAAGAUGAGCAAAGAAGCCCGGCACAGGGGUGCAGCUGGCAUUUAGUCGGGGUUCUUGACUAUAGUAAGGAAAAACGUCAGUAUCUGGUACAGAGGGUUCACAAAAGCAGCAGAUGUGAAGGUGACGUGGAAACCCCUAUUGUAAAUGAGGAAUACAAGAAAAAAAAAUCCAUCGAAAUAACUCCCUUACGAGGAGGAAGGGAGCACUGGGUACCCAGGAUUAGACUGUCUUUCUGUGCGGAAGAUCCAAGACUCUUUGCUGAGCGAAUCGGCUUUGCCCUACGUUUGAGGGAGGACGUAAGAGCUCAACUCCUCUACAGCCUGUCCGUUGACUGUAUGCCCAUCUGCCCAAAAGCACCAUCUCUCAGUGCUGACAGUCUGCAGCGUAUGAAAAAGCUUGCUGUAUCAGCCCCUGGUCUCAGUCUCAAAAUUUUGGAGACAUGUUCAGAGAACCUGGAGGAGGAGGUCAAACUUGAUUAUGACCGCGUUAUGAACCGCAUGGUUUUUGACAAAGUGGUGAUGAAGCACCCUGGAGAGUUUCCACAUGUCACCCUGCCACUGAAGAACCCUGAGUAUAUUCCUGAAAAAGGGUGUGUACCAGUUCCAAAGUUUACCUAUGAGAAGUACCGAGAAACAUUUGAGUUCAACUGCCUGUUAAUAAAGCCGGAGCUGACUACUUUAUUAUCUGAAAUGUGGUCAGAAUGCAACAAAGUGGCAAAAAUGAGGCUGUUCAGUGUCUCUCCGAUGAAACCACUUCGACUGGACGAAUUUGAACUCAUCCAGUCUCAGAUUCACACUCAGAUAAGGCUGUACGUUCAGGAGGAAUGGGUUGUCACAAUGAGCAACAACAUCCGUACCACCUUGUGUACCUUUGGCAAGGGCACGUACAACAUAGAUGAGAAUGAUUUUGAGAUAUACACGUAUGCCAAUCUGUACAGACUGAUGAACGUGGUGCUCUUUAGCAUGCAGGACGCCUUGCACUACCUUGUGCAGGAUUCACUUUUCAGCCUGACUGAGUGUUUGCUGGAAGUCUGUCACAAUGUACUGACUUGUCCUCAGGAUAUGGUCUGGGGAAACAACCUUAACAAUAGCCCCUACACACAAAAGAGGAAUCCUCUGUUCCUGGUUGACUUGAUUCUGGACCAGAGUGGGGUUCAUUACAGCACUCCAAUUGAGGAUUUUCAGAAAUCUGUCCUUAACCUGUUUGAUGAAAGCAUCCUUGUUACACACAAAGUUUCAAAGCUCGAUGGGUUUGUGCUGAAGAACAUGUUUUAUCAAGAUGAUCUUUUACUCAGAGCAGUCGAUUUGUGUGACCCAGAGGUGAAUAAGAUGAGAAAUAAAGUGCACAAGGCGCUGGUUCAAGCAGCAAUACCUCUCAGGGCUUAUGCUGCUGAAUAUGAGAAAUACUUGGAACUUCAUAACUUGGACAUUGACACUCUUCUUGGGUCUCAUAAUGCAGAGCAGAGAGCACAAGAGGUGAAGACAGAGGUGGAACAACACCUCGCAGAAAGGGAAAAGCUUGAACAGUGCCUGCCAUCCUCCAUUGUGAUUGGUCCAUUUUUUGUCCGCACAGAGGCUGUUCGUCAGUCUCUCAUAAAGAAAAGGAAAGCUCUAGCCAAUGCUCUGCUGGACCAACUUGCUGUGAGGCAGCGUAAGGAGAUUGACAAAGCAUGUGAGGAGUGUACCAUUUUGAGCAGAAAGUUACGCGAGAAGCCCAAUAGCAUUGAAGAGCUCACUGAGAAGAGGGAAUGGAUUAAACAAAUCCCCAAACUCCUAAAAAGUUACAAGGAACAACUUGGAAAAACCUUGUCAGACUAUGAGAUAAUGGAGGGAACUUUCUACUGUCUGACAAAUGAUGAUUUCAACAAAAAGUGGACAGCCAUUGGAUGGCCUCAAAAGAUACUUUGCCAGAUAGAAACAGUAACUAUCGAGCAUGAAGAAGAUGAGGAGCGCUUCCGCAAGAUCCAGCUAUCUGAUCAGAGCAAGUUUGAGGAAUAUCUAGAUUUUCUACAGAAAAUUAUUACUGGCUUUGCAAGCUAUGGAGACAUCAAUCAUGCCCAUGAGAUAGCCAUCAAGGUCAAGCGCACUUGCAAACAGCUCACGGAGUGCCAAGCCACAGCCAAACUGUACAACCUCAGAGAGGAGCUGCUUGGUUUACCUAUCUCGAAUUAUGAUCAUCUAGAGAAGCUGAUAAAUGAUUUCCAGCCUUUUAAAAACCUCUGGACCACCACUUCCGAGUGGCUGCGGUGGAAUGAAAGCUGCCUUAAUGAUCCCCUGUCUUCGAUUGACCCUGAACAUUUGGAAAAGACUAUGCGUGAUGCCCAGAAAACCAUAGAGAAGUGUAGUACACAGUUAAAGGACAUUGCUGAUAGCCAAGUGGUGGCAACCAUAAUAAUGAGCAAGAUCGAGGAAUUCUGGCCAUGCGUCACUUUAAUUCAGUGUCUGAGGAACCCGGGUAUGAAGAACCGUCAUUGGGAUAUGCUUUCGGAAUCCAUUCAAGUGAAAGUCAAACCCAAAGCCAACUUGAACCUUACCCGCUACCUUGAGCUGGGCCUACAGAACCAUGUGGAAGACAUAAAAGAUAUGGUGGAGUUGGCUGAGAAAGAGUAUGCUAUUGAAAAGUGGCUAACGCUACAAUAUGAGAACAGCAACAUCUCCACUAAUCUCUUUGAUGAUACAAAGUUUAAUCUUGUGACUGUUUUCACUAAUUUUAUUGUGACAUUUUUCUACUUCCUGAUCCAGACUCUGGAAAAGAUGAAUAAAGAAUGGUCGACAGUAGAUUUUGAUUUGAUACCCUAUAAGAACACAGGAACACACAUUUUGGGGAGCCCAGAUAAAGCAUUCGAAAUGCUGGAUCAUGACAUUGUAACCACCCAGACAAUGUCCUUCUCCCCCUUCAAAAAAGCAUUUGAGGGACGCAUCGAUGCCUGGGAGUGCAAGCUCAGAAUGAUUCGAAACGUGUUGGAAGAAUGGCUGUUUUGCCAGCAUUCCUGGUUGGCCUUGGAGCCUAUCUUCAGCUGUGAUGAUAUAAACCAGCAGCAGCCUGUGGAGGGAAAUCUAUAUCAGCGGAUGGAGGUGCUAUGGAAGAGCAUCAUGCGAAGUGCCUUUGAAAAUCAAAAGGUGAUUGAGCUCUGUACAGAAGCUCAACUACUGCAAAAGCUUAAAUAUUGCAACAUGCUUUCGGAAAAGGUUCAGAGAGGUCUUGUGGAGUACUUGGGGAAAAAACGGAGCUCCUUUCCGCGGUUUUUCUUUCUGUCUGAUAAUGAGCUCCUGGAGAUUUUGUCUCACACCAAAGACCCCACUACUAUUCAACCAUACCUGAACAAAUGCUUUGAGAACAUUGCACAGUUUCAGUCAGACCUACAGAUAACACAUAUGUACUCUGGAGGAGGCGAGGAGGUGAAACUGCUAAUGCCAGUGCUGCCGACUGGGGAUGUGGAGGCCUGGCUGAGAGAUGUGGAGAUGUCUAUGAAGGCCACUUUAAGGGAUAACAUUGACCGCUCUUACAAAGCCCAUUCUGAACAACCUCGUGUGGAGUGGGCGUUAUCGUGGCCAGGUCAAGUAGUGAUAGCUGGCUGCCAGGUCAUUUGGACUGCGGAGGUGUCUGAAGCUCUAGAACAAGGAGACUUGGCUUCCCGCCUUUAUCCCCAACUUCAGUCUCAGCUGGAUGACUUGGUGCUGCUGAUGAGAGGACAUCUUUCUAAGAUACAACAAGCUGUGCUGUCUUCCCUCAUUGUAAUAGAGGUUCAUGCUAAGGAUAUAGUGGCCAAACUGGUGGAGCAGAAAGUCUCGACCAUCGAUGAUUUUCAGUGGAUCAGCCAGCUUAGAUAUUACUGGAGAAAAGAGGACUUGUACGCUCAAUCAGUGGAUGCAGAAUUCUUGUAUGGAUAUGAAUAUCUUGGUAAUUCUAGUCGCUUGGUCAUCACCCCACUUACUGAGAGGUGCUACUUAACCCUAACUGGAGCUCUAAACCUGAAAUUUGGAGGUGCACUCACAGGCCCAACAGGGACAGGAAAAACAGAAACUGUUAAAGAUCUGGGAAAGGCUCUGGCCAUUCAUACAGUGAUUUUCAAUUGUUCCAAUCAGCUGGAUUUUAUUACUGUAACCAAGUUUCUCCACGGACUGGCCAGCUCAGGUACCUGGGCAUGCUUUGAUGAUAUCACCUGUGUGGAUGUGGAUGUCCUGUCUGUAAUGGCUCAACACAUCUCCACCAUACAAAAAGCCCAGCAACAAAGGGUUGAGCGUUUCAUUUUUGACGGAGCAGAGAUAUCUCUUGUCCCCUCCUGUGCUGUAUUCUUCACCAUACGCCUUGGUUGCACUGGCUACACCACAAUGCCCAACAAUCUCAAGGUCCUGUUUCGUCCUGUAGCCAUGACAGUUCCUGACAGUGCAAUGAUAGCCGAGAUCUCCUUGUACUCUUUUGGCUUCAGUAAUGCCAAAGUCCUUUCCAAGAAGAUCGCUACAACUUUCAGGAUCUGCUCUGAACAACUUAGCUCUCAGGAUCAUUAUGACUUUGGCAUGAGAGCUGUGAAGAGUGCAAUCUCAGUUGCAGCAACCAUGAAGAGAGAAAACUCCAACAUGAAUGAGGAGUUAAUCUGUCAACAGGCCAUUCAGGAUAUCACUGUGCCAAAGUUGUUACAAGAUGAUCUAAAGCUCUUCGAUGGCAUUGUGUCUGAUCUUUUCCCUGAUACAAAACAGAAGAUAAUCAAUGAUGGUACACUGGAGCAUUCGCUGUGUACCAUCUGUGCGACUAAGAACCUCAAAGAUGUGGAUGGGUUUAUCACUAAGUGUAUUCAGCUGUAUGAGACCAUUGUGGUGAGACAUGGCGUGAUGUUGGUGGGACCUCCUGGAUCAGGAAAAACAAAGUGUUACGAGACAUUAGGUGCUGCCAUAACAGCUCUGGAAGGCCAGCAUGCUGCAAAGGGUGGUGUGUAUGAGGCUGUUCAGAUUCAUGUCCUCAACCCAAAAUCUAUCACCAUGGGCCAGCUCUAUGGGGAGUAUGACUCACUCACACAUCACUGGAGCGACGGCGUCCUCUCUGCUCUUAUGCGUGAUGGGGCAGCAUCUGUGGACAAAAAGAAAAAGUGGUACAUGUUUGACGGGCCAGUGGACGCUAUGUGGAUUGAAAGCAUGAAUACUGUGUUGGAUGACAACAGAAAAUUAUGUCUAAGUUCGGGGGAAAGCAUAAGACUCACUGAUGCGAUGACAGUCAUGUUUGAGGUGGAGGACUUGGCAGCUGCCUCUCCAGCGACAGUGUCUCGCUGUGGUGUGGUUUACUUGGAGCCCAAUAUUUUGGGCCUCUCCUCCUUCACAGAGUGCUGGCUGAAACAGGUCCCUAAGAUCAUUAAACCACACACAGAGCAGCUGAAGCACCUGUUUUUCAGGUUCCUGGAGGACUCAAUUACAUUUGUGCGUACAUCAGUAAAAGAAGUCAUCCCAUCUCUGGACAGCAGCCUUAUUUGUAGCCUUCUGAAACUGAUGGAGUGUUUCUUUAGUUCACUGAAAGUUGAAAAGAGUGAGAUGCAGCAACCUCUCUCGGAUCGUCUUAAAGAGCUGAUCGAACCAUGGUUCUUUUUUUCACUGGUGUGGAGCAUAGGAGCUACUGGAGAUCAAGUUGGUCGCCAGCACUUUUCAGCCUGGCUGAAAAGCAAAAUGGCAGAAGAAAAGAUUAAGUUGUGUUUUCCUGGAGAGGGCCUGGUAUAUGACUACAGGGUUGGUGACUCAGGGAUUAGCAAUGCAGAGAAUCAAGAUGUACAGAAGGAAAGAGAAGUUCAGUGGGUCAGCUGGAUGAAAUAUGCAGAAAGUGUUGCAAUCCCACAAGUAGAUUUUCCUGGAAUUUUUGUUCCAACUGCUAACACGGUCAGAACAUCUUUCCUGAUGGAGCUGCUAUUGACAAACAAAAAACCUAUGCUGUGUGUUGGGCCUUCUGGUACAGGGAAGACAACGAUGAUGUUGGACAAGUUGCUGAAGAACAUGCCUGCUGAAUAUGUCACACACAUUUUAAUGUUCUCUGCCCACACCUCAGCCAACCAGGUUCAAGAUUUCAUUGACAGCAGACUAAUCAAAAGGCAGAAAGGUGUGCUUGGACCUCCAGCUGAAAAGCAGUUUAUCUUCUUUAUCGAUGACCUAAACAUGCCUGUGCUGGAAACUUCUGGGGCUCAGCCUCCGAUAGAACUGCUGAGGCAGUGGACGGAACAUGGUGGCUGGUAUAACAGGAAGCAGAUCGGGGCUUUCGAUCACUUGGAAGAUAUUAAUUUUGCAUUGGCCACAGAAACUCCAGGUGGGGGGAGAAACCCCAUCACUCAGCGCUUCACACGUCAUUUCAACAUCUUGUCCUGCAUUGACAUAGAGGAUGCCAGCAAGAAAAAGAUUUUUUCCACCAUUCUAGAAAGUUGGAUGGGACCUGUGUCUGAAAUCCGGCCCCUGAAUGAGCCUAUUGUUAAUGCCACGAUCCAAAUCUUCAGAGCAGUUACCUCUUAUUUCCUCCCAACUCCGGCAAAGUCCCACUACACCUUUAACCUCAGAGACCUGUCGAAGGUUUUCCAAGGCAUCCUCAUGGCUGAGGCUAGCAUAAUAGAGGUAAAUAAAUCACAGCUGCUGAAGCUGUGGUACCAUGAAAGCUGCAGAGCUUUCCAGGAUCGUCUUGUGUGUACUGAGGAUAGAGAGUGGUUCAACAAGCUCCUGAAGGAUUGUAUUCAAGAGUUUGAAUGUUGUUUUGAUGAAGUUGUGCCCUGCCACCCUGUUCUGUAUGGAGAUUUUAUGAUUCCUGAUGAUGCUUCUAAAGUCUACAAACUCAUAGAUGACAAGGAAAAGCUGACAGAAGUAAUGGAAAAAUACAUAGAAGACUACAAUCAUAGCAGCAUGUUUGAGAUGAAGUUGGUGCUUUUUAUGGAUGCUAUUGAGCAUGUGUGUCGGAUCAGCCGCAUCCUGCGCCAGCCCCAGGGCCAUGCUCUUCUACUUGGAGUGGAUGGAAGUGGUCGCCGCUCUCUUGCUAAACUUGCUUCAUAUAUGUCUGGGUGUGAGUGUUUCGAGAUUGAGACAUCUAAAAACUAUGGCCGAACAGAGUGGAGAGAGGACAUUAAAAAAGCCCUGCUUAAGGCUGGCCUUCAAAACCGGAAGAUCACCUUCCUUUUUGCCGACCUGCAGGUUAAGAGUGAGUCAUUCCUGGAGGAUAUCAACUUCAUUUUGAACAGUGGUGACAUUCCCAAACUGUAUGCAUCAGAUGACCAGGAAAAUAUCCUCACAACAAUGAAGCCAUUGGUACGAGACCUGGGCCAGCAGCCAACUAAAGAAAAUCUCAUCGCUCUCUUCAUCAGGAGAGUCCGCAGAAACAUGCACAUUGUACUCUGUAUGAGCCCUAUGGGUGAGGUAUUUCGUGCACGGCUACGGCAGUUUCCUUCACUGUUGAAAUGUUGUACAAUAGACUGGUUCAGCGCCUGGCCAGAUGAGGCUUUGCAGUCUGUGGCUACAUCAUUUCUGAAUGAGUUACCUGAGCUAGAAGCGGACCCCACAACAAUCAGAGGAUUGACACAGAUGUGCGUGAGGAUUCACCAGGUGGUGGCCAGGAAGAGUGAACAGUACCUGGUGGAACUAUCUCGAUACAACUAUGUCACACCCACUUCCUACCUGGAGCUGCUCACAAUCUAUUCAGGUCUCAUUAGACGCAAGAAAAAUGAACUAAGCAGUUCUUGUCAGCUUCGAAACACAGCUGAAUAUGUGAGUAAGGUACAGGAGGACUUGGGGAUUUUGAGGUCUCUUUGGGAGGAUGCUAAUAAGGAUGCUGAGGUCACUAUGGAAACCAUCACAAGAGACACAGCGGUUGCAAAGGAGAUGCGCAGGUCAGUGCGAGAGGUGGAAUUUAAAGCUUCAGAGAAAGCAGGUUUUGUGAGAGUCAUUGCAACAGAUGCUCAGAGAGACGUAGACGGGGCUUUGAAAGCCGUGCAUGCUGCCCUCUCCAGGCUUCAGUCACUCAGCUUGAACACUUUUACAGAGUUGCAAGCUAUUCAGCAACCUUCCCAGAGCAUGAAACUUGUUUUUGAGGCCCUUUGCAUAAUGAAAGGCAUCAAGCCGGAUAAGCUACCUGGAGACAUUGACGACUACUUACAGCCAGCCAAAAAUCUUCUGCAAGACCCCAGCAAGUUUCUGGAGAGCCUCACUGAUUUUGAUAAGGACAACAUCCCAGGUCAUGUGAUCAGCUUAGUACAGCCGUACAUUGACAAUGAAGAAUUUCAGCCAGAUGCCAUUGCCAAGGUUUCUGAAGUCUGUGUGCCAAUUUGCCAAUGGGUGCGAACAGUGUACACAUAUCACUUUGUGGCCAAAGCUGUGGAACCGAAACGGCAAGCUCUCCUAGAGGCCCAAAAGCACUUAACAGCCACCCAGAGCACUCUGGAUGAUGCCCAGAGACAACUGACAGCAGUGGAGGGCAGAAUUGCCACAUUACAGGCCAAGCACCGAGACUGUCAGGCUAAGAUGAAUGAACUGCACGCCAAAUGUCAACAGUUUGAGGCUCGCAUCAAUGAAGCAAACAAGCUGUUAGGUGGACUGGCAGAGGAAGAAGCACUUUGGACCAAAAAGGCAGAAAAUCUUGACUCUAUGGUCAAAAAUUUUGCAGGUGACGCUCUUCUGUGUGCAGGAUAUGUGGCAUACCUGGGACCCUUCACUGGAGAGUACCGGGCAGCCGUAGCUGGAGAGUGGCUCCAUCUUUUCAAAGAUUUGAGUAUUGCACAUACUGAUGCACCCACCUUGCUCAACACUCUGGGAAAUCCUAUCAAGAUCCACUCUUGGCAGUUGUCAGGUCUCCCAGAGGAUCCUUUUUUGAUGGAGAGCAGUGUGAUAUCCCAGAAUUGUCUUCGCUGGUCGCUGUUUAUAGAUCCUCAAGGUCAAGCUAACAAAUGGAUCAGAAACAUGGAGCAGGACAAUGGAUUAGUUGUUACGAGGCUUAGUGAUGGAGACUUCCUCCACAGGCUUGAGAAUGCCAUUCGUUUUGGUAAACCCUGCCUGGUGGAGAAUGUAGGAGAGGAGCUAAAUCCUGCCAUGAAACCUGUUUUGUUGCGUCAGGAAGGCAGCACUGUUCUGACGCUGGGUGAGUCAGUCAUCCCGUACCAUGAAGGCUUCAAGAUGUACAUUACCACCAAGAUGCCUAAUCCACACUACUCUUCAGAGGUUUCUGACAAAGUGUGUCUCGUCAAUUUCACCCCGUCUACCAGAGGACUAGAAGAACAGUUUUUAAGCCGGGUGGUGGCUGAAGAGUGCCCUGAUUUGGAGGAGGAAAGAAAGCAGCUGAUAAUCAGUAAUACAUUUGAAAUAAAACAGGAGCUGGAAGAAAUUGAAGAUAAAAUCCUCCAAUGUCUCAGCUCAAUAGAGUCAAACCCCGUGGACAACGUGGAGCUCCUUCUAAUGAUGGAGACCUCUAAGAUCAAAAUUGAGGAGAUGAAGGCUAAAGUGAUGGCUGCAGAGAGGACUGAGCGAGACAUUGAAGCCAUCCGUCUGGACUAUGUGCCGGUGGCUGCACAUGCAUGUCUUCUAUUCUCCUGCGUAUCGGACCUGUCCAAUUUGGAAGCAGUGUACCAGUUCUCACUGGAGUGGUUUAUCGGGAUCUUCAUGACAGCUAUUGCCAACUCUAAUAAAGCAGAGACAGUGGAGAAGAGAAUCACCAACAUCAAUGAUUUUUUUACUUUCAGUCUGUACAGCUCAGUCUGCCAAGGCUUGUUUGACAAACACAGACUUAUGUUUGCCUUUUUUCUGUGUGCUCGCAUCCUGAUGAGUGAGAACAAAAUCGACCCGGCUGAGUGGCAGUACCUGCUCUGUGGAGGUAUGCCUGUUGAAGAGCUUCCUAACCCAGCUGAGGACUGGGUGUCGGAGCAGGCCUGGCAGGAAAUGUUAGGCCUCAGCAGUCUUGAAAACUUCAACAAACUUGCAGAGACCUUCAUCGAACAUCCUCUCCCAGGAGAAUGGAACUCCAGAUUGGACUCAUUCCAGAAGCUGCUAAUUCUUCGAUGUCUGAGGGCUGAUUGCCUCGUUCAGGGCCUGCAGGAUUUUGUGUCCACUCAUUUGGGACAGCGUUUUAUAGAGCCUCAGACAUCAGAUUUGUCUGUGGCCUUCAAAGAAUCAUCCCCUGUAACUCCCAUCAUCAUUGUCCUUUCUGCUGGCACUGACCCUGCUGAAGACCUCUACAGGUUUGCGGAUGUAAUGCAGUUCUCCAAGAAAGUGACUUCCAUCUCUUUGGGUAGAGGACAGGGUCCCUUGGCCGAGACUAUGAUGAGUUCUGCUAUGGAAAGAGGUCAAUGGGUAUUUUUCCAGAACUGUCACCUGGCACCCAGCUGGAUGCCUACCCUGGAGAAACUCUUUGAAAGUAUUGACCCUGUAAAGGUGCAUAAGGAUUUCCGCUUGUGGCUCACCUGUCUUCCUAGUAAAAAGCUUCCAGCGUCCAUUCUACGAAAUGGAUCCAAGAUUACCCUUGAUUCUCCGAAGAGCAUCAAAGCCAAACUGCAGAAAACCUACAUGAGAUUCACAAAUGAUUUUCCUGUGUCUUCCACUAAGGUGGGAAACUUGAAGUCGUUGCUACUGUCUCUCUGCUUUUUCCAUGGAAUUACUUUGGCACGAAGAAAGUUUGGCCCUUUGGGCUUUACUGUUCCCUAUGAGUUCACUGAUGACGACUUGAACAUCUGCGUCGGCCAGCUGAAAAUGUUCCUGGACAUGUACCAGGACAUUCCAUACAAGGUUGUUCUAAAAUACACUGCUGGGGAGAUUAUCUAUGGAGGUCAUGUAACAGAUGACUGGGACAGACGAUGUUUGCUCAGUGUGCUGGGAGACUUCUUCUGUCCUGGUGCCCUGAGUGCUGAUCAUGUCUACUCGCCGUCUGGGGUCUAUCGGCAAAUAGACUCUAAUCUGGAUGUCAAGGCUUAUUUAGCAUACAUCCAUGGUUUGCCCAUCAAUGAUACACCUGAGAUCUUCGGUCUCCACGAGAACGCCAAUAUCCGCUACGGCCAGAGUGAGACCUUCGCCCUGCUGGAAGCUGUGGUUUGUCUCCAGCCUCGAGCUACAUUGAGUGGAGGCAAAACUCAGGAGGAGAUGGUGGAGGAGAUUGUAGCAGAUAUUGCUGAAAAGAUCCCCCAGCCUUUCAGAGUUAAAGAGGUGAUUGAAAAGUACCCAGUCCUCCAUGAGGAGUCCAUGAACACGGUGCUCAUCCAUGAGGUUAUCAGAUACAACAAGUUGCAGGAGGUCAUCUCUCAGAGUCUCUGUGACAUUACGAAAGCUCUGAAAGGUUCAGAGGUGAUGUCAUCACAGCAAGAGCUAAUGGCUCGUAGCCUUUUAAACAACAUGGUGCCCGACGCCUAUCCCUCUCUGAAGCCUCUUGCCUCCUGGGUGUCAGACCUGCUUCAGAGGAUCGGUUUCCUGCAAAGAUGGAUCUCUAACGGCACCCCACCUGUUGUCUGGAUUAGUGGAUUAUUUUUCCCGCAGGCUUUUCUCACAGGAAUCCUCCAGAACUACGCCCGCCGCUCCGGCACCUCUAUUGACGCAAUUGAAUUUGACACUGAGGUGAUAGUGAAGUCAGUGUCGGAGAUAACAGAAAUGCCUAGCACUGGCUGCUACAUCCACGGUCUAUUCCUGGAGGGGGCUCGCUGGGAUAAAGAGGCAGGCCGACUCACAGAAUCCAGGCCUAAGGAGCUCUACGCACAAAUGGCCGUCAUCUGGCUGGUCCCCAAACCGAACCGCCAACCUCCAACCUCUGGGGUCUACGUCUGCCCCGUCUACAAGACGCUCAGACGAGCUGGUGCUCCGUCCACCACUGGCCAUUCUGCCGACUGCGUGACUGCGGUGGAGCUGCCCUCAGAUCACAGCCAGGGCCACUGGAUCAAACGGGGUGUUGCCCUCAUCUGUGCGCUAGAUCACUGAAUACAUUCACCUUGUUUUUAGAUAAAUGCUUCCCACUUGCUCUUCACAGCCCGCAUUGAGUAUUGCUGUGUCAGACUUGACUUUAUCUGAUAUUCCCCACAUGACUUUGGUAUGUUUUCUCUACAACCCUAGCCAGUGAAAUAAACUGUAACUCACAAUGAAGUGUUGACACGAUAUGUUCCUUUGUGAGUGUUUUCUUAAGGCAAAGUCACAAAAUCUACCGCGUUAUUAGGGUGAGAUCUCAGUCGUUUCUGCUCUCCCCUCAAAAGCGCUCGCUGAACACACUGAGGUGGAUUUCCGUCCUGCUCCUUUAAGAGGGCAGCGCAGGCCAAUUGAGAAAUACCGCUUGGCUGAGGGGGGGGGGGGGGGGGCAAACUGACGGUGACAGUGCCUUACCAUGUGAAUUCAACUGAGACUGAAGAUCAACGGGAAACCGAGAACACUGAGUCAACAGAUGACAAGACUCCUUCCACUUCAAGAAACCUGACAGGAUUUUGAUUAUGCGUUAAGUAGUUUGGAUUUCCCAGAGUGGCAAAGUUGAUAGGGCCACUAAUAGAUAGGGACACAUUUAAAAAAAAAAAAAAAGAUCAGUGGCUACUUUGAAACAGCAUUACAGAUGUUCUGUGUCUCAUCAGGCUAGCGGAAGACAGAAGCGGCUCUUGGGUGCGGAGUUGCGGCUGCCGGGGGUCCAGCAGAUGCGUCCUUAGAGCUCCGCUCCUCACCCUCUCUCUCGGCUUUGCAUAGUUCCCGGAGUCAUCGCAUUACUUUGGGCGAGUCCUCUUUGAGAAACAGGCCGGCGUGAACAUGCUUCAGAAUGAAAACGGGAAGGAAACAGCGCCGCUGCCCCCGAAAGCUGAUGGAGCGGAGUCCGGCCGUCCGGCGCCGGACACCGAGCCCUCUCUCUUCCCCAUGCCCGCCUAUCCCAAGCUGGAAAUAAAACGCAACGCAGUGACGGACGAUUACAAGAUCUCGAGUCAGGUUUUGGGCUUGGGGAUCAACGGAAAAGUCCUUGAGUGCUUCAACAAGAAGACAGGAGAGAAGUGCGCUCUGAAGAUCCUCUACGACAGUCCCAAAGCAAGACGAGAGGUGGAGCUUCACUGGCGAGUGUCAGGCGGGCCGUACAUCGUCCGCAUUCUGAGCCUGUAUGAGAACAUGCAUCACGGGAAAAAGUGCCUGCUUAUUAUCAUGGAGUGUAUGGAAGGAGGAGAGCUAUUCAGCAGAAUCCAGGCCAGAGGGGACCAGGCCUUUACUGAAAGAGAGGCAUCUGAGAUCAUGAGGGACAUCGGCACAGCCAUUGACUUCCUGCAUGACAUCAACAUUGCCCAUAGAGACAUCAAGCCAGAGAACUUGCUGUAUACGACUAAAGAAAAAAAAGGGGUCCUAAAACUGACAGACUUUGGCUUCGCUAAGGAGACAACGCUACACAACCCUUUGCAGACCCCCUGUUAUACACCGUACUACGUGGCUCCUGAGGUUUUGGGUCCAGAGAAGUAUGACAAGUCAUGUGACAUGUGGUCUCUGGGUGUCAUCAUGUACAUCCUGUUGUGUGGCUUCCCCCCGUUUUACUCCAACACCGGUCAGGCUAUAUCUCCAGGGAUGAAGAGGAGGAUCCGGAUGGGCCAGUAUGAGUUCCCCAAUCCAGAGUGGUCAGAUGUGUCACAGGAAGCUAAAGAUUUGAUCCACCAGCUACUGAAGACAGACCCCAACGAGCGAAUGACCAUCACCCUUUUUAUGAACCAUCCCUGGAUCAAUCAGUCCAUGGUGGUUCCCUCCACGCCCCUCCACACCACCCGGGUCCUCACUGAAGACAGAGAGAUGUGGGAGGAUGUGAAGGAGGAAAUGACCAGUGCUUUAGCGACCAUGCGCGUAGACUACGACCAGGUGAAGAUCAAAGAUCUGGACACAUCCAGCAACCCUCUGCUCAACAAAAGACGCAAGAAAGCUGCUGCAGGGGGCAAGAGUGGGUCUACUGUCUGCCAGAGUCAGUGAGGCAAAAAAGAUCUGUGGAGAAAAAAAAAUCCAAGCCGAACAACAUCAGAGGACAGCAGCACAGAGUAGGGAAAAAAAGUUCAUAUGUGUAUGAGGAAGUUAUUUAAAGAGCUGCUUGGAACUCUUGCCAGACUGAAUGUUAAAGGAAAAAAUGUUGCCAUGAAAAGGACAACACAGGAACACCAGUAUGAAAGCUGGACAGCUGAAUGACAUGUUGAGAUGUGGUAUCAUCUGUUGCUCACUGAAGGCUCAUCUGUUUUUAAAUCUUUUUAUGUAUGUCCUUUGUAGAGCUUGCGUGUUUAUAAGUGUCUGUAUUCAGACAUUAGGUACUUUUUGUGGUCAUGUUUCAUGUAUUUCAAUGCUGGAUUGCCUGUUUUUUCCUCAUAUGCAACUAUGCACUAGUAUGCAGACACACACACACAAAUACAGAGAAAGAAGCCAAAUGUGGACAGACUGUGAAACACUUGUGUUGUCUUAAUGUUGUCUAUAUUUUUCUGCCUUUCUUUUAGGGUUCAAACUCGGUUUCACACCGACUGUCUUGUUAACACAAUGUGGCCUCCGUAUUGACCUAUGAGUCAAUGAUUCAACCUUUUCUUUUCUCUAUAAAGCGACAAUAAAAUGACAUCAUGCUUACAAUCAAGUUAACUAUUUUACACCGUUUGAUGUGUGGAGAAGCAGCACCACAGUUUUGUGUAAGCUGUAGUGAGGAAACAGCAGGUUGUGCUACAUGGAUAAGUUGUGACAUUUCAAUUGAGAAAUGUCUCCUUUGUACACGAGUUGGUUUAUGGCGGUUAAUUGUAGCGUUUCCAGUAAAUAUAGAAGGUGACAAUGCAGCCCCUAAUUAGGAACACCUCUUUUGUAAGGGACCCACUACUUACCCACUCCAACUAAACUCAGCAUUCAUGUUAUGUAGAACUGAACUUCAAGCAAAACAGGAGCUUUCGGUGCAAGAUGUUUUCUGUUUGGACCCAGGACCCAUUGCCUUCAUAAAUGGGCUUUAUUAGGCUAGUAUGGAUAGCAGCUGUGAGUUUUUUUUGGGACAUGCCAUUUGACUCCAAAACGCCAACUCUAUUAUGUUUAGAUUAUAUGAAAAGAAUGUCUCCCUCUCUUUGAUGACAUG